AUCACCCAAGAAUAUUGUUGAGUCAAUAACAGGUCAAUUAUCCCCAGUCAAGGAUCCUGAGAAGCUUCUGCAGGAUAUGGAUGUCAAUCGUUUGCGUGCUGUUAUCUAUCGAGAUGUGGAGGAAACCAAACAAGCGCAGUUCCUUUCACUCGCCAUCGUUUAUUUCAUUUCCGUGCUGAUGGUGUCCAAGUAUCGCGACAUAUUGGAACCGCCAGCGGAGCCACAAAUCCAGCGCCAGUCGCCCGUGAUGCAACGUUCUGCAGCCGAACCCUCAGGUCGCCCGCUUUUCCCUCAGUGGUCACAUCAUGUGUACCCACAAUUCUUGCCCAACAAUUCUCAUCAAAAUCACAUGCCUUCGGCGUCAUCGGCGACAACAUCGAAUAUGCAGCAGCAACAAUCGCAAACAUCGCAUCAGCAUUACUAUCAGCAACAACAAAUGGCUUCACCGCCACAUCAACAACAGCUGUCACAGCAGCACAGUUACAGCCAUCACUAUGCCUCUCUGCAACAGCAACAGCAGCAACAACAACAGCAGCAACACCAACACCCAACAUACUACAGUGAACAGCAACAGCUCCACAAUCAUGCAAUGAGCGGCGGCAGCAGCAACAGCAGCA